AGGAGGAGCCGGGCCGGGCGGGGCAAUGGUGUCGGCGGGCGGGCAGGGACCCGGGGUCUGCGGGCGCUGGUAGCCACCUGGCGACCUUGGGAUCCAUCCUGUGGUGCUGCUCAGCCAGUGAGUCCUAUAAAUACAUUCCAGCAGGGAUCACACAGAACUGACAAACUUGAACUGGAGGAGGAAAGAUGAUGUCCUUGGAUGGACCACAGAAAACCAUCAGUAACCCGAUCAUUCCAUAUGUUGGGACAAUACUUGGCGGUCUUGUUCCUGGAGAGCUGAUUGUGAUAAAUGGUGCUGUUCCUGAUGAUGCAGACAGGUUCCAGGUGGAUUUACAGUGUGGCAGCAGCAUAAAACCUCGAGCUGAUGUGGCUUUUCAUUUCAACCCCCGCUUCAAAAGGUCUGGCUGCAUUGUUUGCAACACCCUGGAGAGGGAAAAAUGGGGCUGGGAGGAGAUCACUUAUGAGAUGCCAUUUCAAAAAGGGAAGUCAUUUGAGAUUGUCAUCAUGGUUUUAAAGGAUAAAUUCCAGGUGUCUGUAAACAAGAAGCACUUGCUGCUCUACAACCACAGAGUUAGCCUUGAAAGAAUAGAUACUCUUGGAAUAUAUGGCAAAGUGCACAUCAUAAGUAUAGAUUUUGUUUCUAAAUCCUUGCAAGGCUCUCAGCCAUCAUCUCUAGGAGUAACAAAGAUAAACACACAAAAUGGGGAAGUGCCAGAUGGCUCACAAUUUGGAGUUCCUUACGUUGGGAGACUUGAUACUGCACUUUGUCCAGGAUGCACAGUUGCCAUUAAAGGAGAAGUGAAUAAAAGACCAAAGAGCUUUGCAAUAAACCUGAAAACAAGUGACUCAAAGGACAUUGUGUUACAUCUGAAUCCCCGAGUGAAAAAUAAACUCUUUGUAAGGAACUCCUACCUUAAUGACAGCUGGGGAGAAGAAGAGAGGGAACUUGCUGACUUCCCUUUCAGUCCAGGGAUGUACUUUGAGCUGAUCAUUUUCUGUGAAGCCCACCAGUUCAAAGUUGCUGUUAAUGGUGUUCACAUUCUGGAGUACAAGCACCGUUUUAAACAAUUUGAAAAGAUCAGCAUAGUAGAAAUCACAGGAGAUGUUCAAGUGUUAGAUGUGAGGAGCUGGUAGUUUUCUAUCAGUACUAAAAUAAUUAAACCUUUUCUAGUAACAGUGCCUCCUUAUCAAGUACACACAGGCACUGAGUUGUGCUGAGCCUGCAUUUAUCUAUCUCAGCUCCUCUGUCUGCCUGAGUUAGGUGAGUACCUGAACUACUAAUCCUCUAGUUGACAGUAACCUGGCAAGCUGGCCCAGUGUUUGCUCAGAUAAAUCUGUACUACUGAUCCUAGCAAUAUAAAAAUGCUGCAUCAUACUGUGAUACAUGUACAUACUUGAGGAAUGUUCCUAUUUAGCAGCUGUUAGGAGAAUGAUGCAAAGGAAAGAAUACGAUGUACCCUAAAAGAUUCUAAGGUAAAUUGCCAGAUUUCAUGUAUAAAAAGUAUAAAUAAAAAUAUUUCUGUAGCUAAGUAGCAAU